AUGGUCCGACAACUCAAACAUCACGAGAAAAAACUCCUCCGCAAACACAACUUCGAAACCUACAAAUCCGACAACGACCACCGCGAAACCACCAUCCGCGCCCGCUACUACCUCCAACACCCCCUCGACUACAAAAAAUACAACUCGCUCUGCGGCUCCCUGCGCCAACUCGCCCACAAGCUGUCCCAGCUGGACCCGAGCUCGGACCCGCUGCGCAAGAAGAUCGAAGCCGAGAUGCUGGAUAAGUUGUGGCGGAUGGGGAUCUUGAAACAGAGUCGGGAGCAGGGGGCCGGGCUGUCGCGGGUUGAGAGGGAGGUUACGGUUUCGGCGUUUUGUAGGAGACGGUUGGGGGUUGUUAUGGCGCGGAAUGGGAUGGUGGAGAAUAUUAAGACGGCCGUCACAUUCAUCGAACAAGGCCAUGUACGUGUCGGCACGGAAGUCGUCACAGACUCGGCGUUCCUGGUCACCCGGAACAUGGAGGACUAUGUCACCUGGGUGGACAGCAGCAAGAUCAAGCGGAAUAUCAUGCAGUAUCGGGAUAAGCUGGAUGAUUUCGAUAUGUUGUGA